AGUAGUUACGGUUUGGCGUUCAUUUGUCUGGUGGCUGAGUUCGUCAGCCAUUGAAACUGUUGAGUCCUAAUUUUUGUAGUCGUACUACAAAGGAUUUUUCUCUGAUGCGAGAACUUACUUCAGUAUUCUGCAUGAAAUACAUUAUAGAUUCGUCCGCUGCAAGAUUAUGGUACAUUAACGAGACAGUGUGUUCGCGCUUUGUAGCUCAUAGUAGUUACUAUAGAUGAUGUGAUGUAUGUCAGCUCAAGGAAGUUGUUCGUCCUGAUAGUAGGAUACGGAAAAGGUGCCAGUGUGUGGCAGAGAGGAAAGGGAACUCGAUCGGUGCGGUGUCGGAGCUCCUCGCGUGGGGCACAGGUGCCGAUGUUAGUGCUGUGUACCGGAGGCGGUAAAAUAGAGGCACACGGUGUAAUACUGGCUGCCAGAAACCCUGUUGUCACAGCUGUGCUGGUGUGGCAUGACACAGCAGAAACUGCCAGUGACUGUGUCCACAUACUGGACAUAGAGACCACCGCUGUGAACCACCUUGUCCGUUACGUGUCUGUGGUACAACUAUUGGCAGCUGCGGACAAAUAUGACCCCCAUCUCCUAAAGGAGCCUCGUAAAGACAGGCUUACGAGAACUUACUCUAACAAUGAAUAAUCCAGGAUGGAAUGUAACAGUAUUAUGAAAAGGAAAGUUGCUACUCACCAUAUAGCAGAGAAGCUGAGUCGCAGAGAGGCACAACAAAAAAAAAAAAAAACUGUCACAAAGCUUUCGGCCAGUAAGGCCUUUGUCAACACACACUCACACACUCACUCACUCACUCACUCACUCACUCACUCACUCACUCACACUCACUCACUCACUCUUAUACCGCGAUACAGGGAGGGGGAGGGAUAGUAUGGUGGGUUGGUGGUUAGUGAAGGGCUGCAGGUUAGAUGGAGGACAUGGGAGAGAAGUAAAAGAACUGGAUGUGAUGGUGGAAGGGGGGAUGGGAAAGGACAAUGAUUAAUGAAGGUUGGGGCCAGGAGUGUUAUGGGAAUGUACAAUGUAUUCCAGGGAAAAUUCCCACCUGCGAAAUUCGGAAAAGCUGGUGUCGGUGGGAAGGAUCCGUAUGGCACAGACGGUGAAUCAGUCAUCGAAAUGAAGGAUAUCGUGUUUGGCAGCACGCUCAGCAACAGGGUGGUCCACUCGUUUCUCGGCCACAGUUUAUCGGUGGCCGUUCGUGCGGACAGACAGCUUGUCGGUUGUCGUGCCCACAUAGAAUGCAGCACAGUGGUUGCAGCUUAGCUUGGACCACAUGACUGAGAGACUCUGAAAAAACUCAAACGAGCAAUUUAGAACCGGAGAAGAGGAAUGUUGACAUUCUCCGUGACGACGCUUGCCCACACAUCGCUCGGCAAACCGUUGCUCUCCUGCAACAGUUUCAGUGGAACAUAAUCACCCACCAACCCUAUAGUCCUGACUUGGCGCGUAGCGACUAUCACCUGUUCCCUAGGUUAAAAGAACAUUUUGCUGGAAAGCCGUUGAGCUCCAACAACAAGGUGAAAGAAGAGGUUCAUAACUUUCUGAACAGCAUGGCGGCCGGCGAGCUGGUAUGACUUUGGCAUACAAAAACUGCCACAGCGUCUACAAAACUGCAUUGACAGAAAUGGUCAUUAUGUCGAAAAAUAGGUAAAUGUUCAAGCUGUAAACUGCUGUAAACCAUUGUAGAA